UAAAAAAUCCUCCCCAAAUAUGCAAGUAGUCACGGAAUUGAUGGCGUCAACCUUUGUAAUGCGACGAAGAGAUAUAAUUGAAAAUCCUUGUGAUGUUUGUACUUUAUUUGUGAAGUACCCAUUUCUUGGUAAUGUCCAACAGCUUAUGCUUGAGAUGUGUAGGAUAGCAGAUGAUGAUGAAUGGAAUAUAAAAGGAGAAGUGAAGUGGACAGAAAUGCAGAUAAGGAUAAUGAAACAGGCUACAUUAGAGGCAUCACAUAACAAGAGAUUAAGGGACAAAUUAGAGGAAUGGGAAACUAGUGAUUGUAACCAUUCUCUUUUGUCUGUAAUUGCCUUAACUUACUUACUACCAGAUAAGACAAGACCAGAUAGUGAAAAGAUGAUAUACUUCACAAAUGGUGCUUCCAAUUUGUCAUCAAUAAUAUCUGAAAGGAAGCAACCCCAACCAUUUGCUCUUGUGACGGGAAAUAUUCAUUCUCCAGAACAAGCCUUCCUUGCUGUGGAUUGCAACUUAAUUGGAGAAGUUCCUUUGGAUGCCAUACCUUUAUAUAUUGUGGCAGCUUAUUUUGUCUUUAACAUAUGUUACAUCAAAGGCUGUCACAACGUCUUUGCUUUUUUUGAAGCAUUACUCUUUCCUGUCACUGGUAGCAGUAUGCCAUCUACUGUUCAGCAUUUUAUGGCAGCUCUGAACAAUUUGUCAUUGUAACUGUCAGUACUUUUUGCAUUUUUUUCAGUUAUUUACUUUCAUUUUGAAAUGUGGAAUCAUUUAAUGCUUACAAUACAA